AUGGGAAAGAAGAAGGGUUCAAAACUGGCAAAUGAACUUAGUUCACCUGGAUCAGCAAACGUUCCUAAGGAUGUUGUGAUAGUCAUGGAUGGCCUCAAGGAAUUCACCACGGAGCUGUUAGAAUGGGUGCUUGAAAACAUUAUAGCUUCCGGUCACAGAGUCACCCUCCUUGGUUUCAUGCCUUGGUUGAACAUCCCUUUGUCUUCGAAGACCUGGCAAGAUGUUUGGAUGCUGGAGUUCGAGCACUUGUCUCUUAUAAAAGAGAAGAAAGAGUGGAAGAAUGAUGCCAAAUAUCUAAAGCUCCAAGCAGUGCUCGACCUUUGCGGAAAACAUGGGGUGGUGCCUCAGAAAGAGAUCGUAAUGGGGUAUCCCCUCCCAUUGCUCAUUGUCGAAAGAAUUAUAAGCCUUCGUGCAACAUGGGUUGUUUUCGACAGCAACCGGGAACUGAGAAAGAACAGGGAAUUCUUUGCUGCAAAAAUACCCUGCAAUAUGGUAAUGAUGAGUGAGGAAGGGGACAUGGAUAUGAUCAAAGGGCGUCCCAUGAUUGAUAGUGGAGAGCGCACUCCCAGUGAUCAAUCUCCAAGCUCGUUGGCUCCUACUCCGCUGGCUCCGAAUCCAAGUUUUGAUCGAUCGGAUGGCUUUAUAUCGAGAAUGAUUCAUUGGAUUCAUGGAAUUUAACAACCCG